GAGGCGGUGCUACAGCCUUACAGAAGGAGAGAGAUGCUUGGAAACCUAACAGUAGUGCCCAUCAAGGUUCCUCAGGUCAGCUCUCUACAGCGGCUGUCUGGACAGACCUCCACUGCUCUACCUCAGGUUCAGCCAAAGAGUGUGAUCCCAGCCAGCCUCCUCCUCAGCCACAGCCCUGUGUCUCUCCUCAAUGAGCAGCCAGCCAGCCUCCUCCUCAGCCACAGCCUCCAGAGAGCUACCGCUGUAGUCAGCCCUAAGAGCCACGCCCACAGCUUUAACCAAACCCACAGCUCUAGCCACACCCUCACCCAGAGCCACACCCUCACCCAGAGCCACACCCUCGGCCCGGCCCUGCCUACAGCCAACAGCACGUUCAGCCCAGAACGCCUCUCCAUAGGUCAGGAAGACACAGCCACCUGCAUAACCUCCUCACCCCCUCCCCUGGCCCAGACCCUGGCCUCUCCCCUGGCCCAGACCCUGGCCUCUCCCCUGGCCCAGACCCUGGCCUCUCCCCUGGCCUCUCCCCUGGCCCAGACCCUGGCCUCUCCCCUGGCCCAGACCCUGGCCCAGACCCUGGCCUCUCCACCCUGGCCUCUCCCUUGGCCUCUCCCCUGGCCCAGACCCUGGCCUCUCCCCUGGCCCAGACCCUGGCCUCUCCCCUGGCCCAGACCCAGUCUCUCUCCCUGGCCCAGACCCAGUCUCUCUCCCUGGCCCAGACCCAGUCUCUCUCCUGGCCCAGACCCAGUCUCUCUCCCUGGCCCAGACCCUGGCCUCUCCCCUGGCCCAGACCCAGUCUCUCCCCCGGCCCAGACCCAGUCUCUCUCCCCGGCCCAGACCCAGUCUCUCUCCCCGGCCCAGACCCAGUCUCUCUCCCUGGCCCUAGCCUGGCCUGGAGGCCUCUCCACCAUCUCUCCCACCUCUACCAGCAGCAACAGCAGCAGCCCAACAGCCACGUCAGCCUCAGUAGCCCCCGGUGUGACCUUCUCCAUCAUCUCUGCCUCGCCGCCCGCCGAUACCGGGAAUAACAGGGUGUGGACCAUCAGUGAGGCAGUCAAGGUCCGGCCACUGAUCUUCAGCACUGACAAUAAGUUGAAAAUAAUCCAGUCGGAGGCUGAGACCCCCAGCUCCUCCCAGGACUCCCCAGGAGGACCCCAGGGGGCCGACAGCCCCUCACAGGAUGACCCCUCCGUCACCUCGACCACCAACCCCUCCACCUCUCCCUCCUCUACACCAGCCAAGCAGAAGCAGAAGGAUGAGGACCCAGAGAAAAUGUCCUUCAUGGUGGCUCUUGGCCUGGUCACUACAGAGACCCUGGAAGAGAUCCAGAUCAAGAGACAGGAGAGGAAGAGACGAAGCACAGCCAACCCAGCCUACAGCGGCCUGGUCCAACCAGAGCGUAAACGCCUUGCAUCAAAUUACCUGGACAACCCACUCUUCCUAUCUGUGAGAGCCACUGGGGACUACAGAUGGAAGGAAGAGCUGGAGCAUGACGACCACUGCUCUGUGUGUAAGGAGGAAGGAGAGCUGCAGCUGUGCCAUAACUGCCCCAGAGCCUACCACCCUGACUGCCUGCACCCACCUCUCAGAACACCGCCCCGGGGGGUGUGGGUCUGCACCAAGUGUCAGAAGAAGGUUCUAAACAAAGGGAAUAUGUCGUGGCCACAGAACUUCGUCCAGUCCUAUGUUACACACAAGACGGUGAGAGAGGGGAAGAGGAGUUUGCUCAGGAGGAAUGUAGAGCUGAAGAAGGAGUGUGCUCACCUGGAGGAGCAGGACCAACAACUCAGCAAGUCCCUCACGAAGGUGAUGGACGCGCGGGAGCGUCUGAUUGGUCGACAGAGGGACACCCAGUCCUCCCUGGAGCGUCUCAAGGCUGUGAUUCGUCUGAUCCAAAGAGACCAGAUGAUCCAGGUUACCAUGACGGCCACCGCCACCACCACCGGAGUGUCCCUGCUCUCCCUGCCCUGGAUCAAACCCUCCGGCACCGCCGCUGCCACACACACAGUGCCCCCUGCUGGACCGUCUAUGCUACUGCAGCAGAAGACUCUGGUCAUGCCGCAGUCUCAGACACAGAGCCAGGCCCAGAGCAACGUCUGAGCUCUAGUAGUACCACCCCAGCCCACCUGGGGGCGCAGUUCAAGGAUGCGCCCCGAAUGGCACUCUAUUCCCUAUAUAGCGUAGAACUUUUAAUAAAGGACCCAUAGGAGGAAGUUUCAAAGGUAUGUCAAUUUGAUAUCAGAGCCCUGGUCUAAAGUAGUGCACUAUAUAGGGAAUAGGGCUCUGGUCUAAAGUAGUGCACUAUAUAGGGAAUAGGGCUCUGGUCUAAAGUAGUGUACUAUAUAGGGAAUAGGG